ACUUGCUGUGCAAUGCCAUCCAGCGAUCGCUCUACUUUCUUGCUGGCCUCCUGCAGGCAACGGUGCGGAAUCUCUUGAACGAGUUGAGCUUGAAAAUCACUCAACGUCAGGCGUAUAGCAUACGAGGAGAGCGCACCGCCGACCUUUGAACACAUCCAAAUAGCUGGGAAACCUUCCAUCAUCGGUGGUGGGCCAUGGCUUCCGGCUCGAUGCAGCCCGUUGUAGCAGCAAAUAAAUCAAUUCUGACACCAGUCAUGACUUUGGAGGGUCAUGAACGAAUCAAUUUCAACCUUCCGAAUGGCGAGCGAGACAUAUACCACCAAGUUAAACUUAUCUCCUACUUUCCGGACGGCAAACAAAUGAUCAGCGGAGGUUUGGACAAGACCAUUCGGCGAUGGGAUUUGUGGGAGGGAAAGGAGAUUGUGGAGGUGCGGGAUGUUUGUGAGCAGAGUAUAGAUAUGUUGGAGGUAUCAAGGGAUGAUCGAUGGGUUGUCACUGUUGGUGGAGAUAACGAUACCGAGGGAAGGAAGGUCAAAGUCUGUGAUGUUGAGACAGGCGUCGUGAGAAUAUUUCAAUCUGACUCAAAGUCACGGUCGAUCAGUUUCAUCCAUAUCUCCCCAGACAGCACGCUGCUCGCGGGCGGGUCGACAGACCACAAAUGGAAUGGCGGAAGUACAACGCAGAUAUGGAGUUUGGACACGGGCAAACUCGUGGCUGGUCCAUUCAAGAUGGAUUAUUUACAGGGCAGAGUUCGAUUCUCGCGAGACUCGAAGAAGCUUGCGGUCCUGUCAAAUAUAGGGAAGCGCCUUGAGGUGUGGGACGUCCAAACACAGAAACUAGUUGUCUCGGUUGGGAAUUCCUCUUACGGCAUCAUUAUGGCAUAUCCGCCAGUGUUCUGGACAACGCAAGACAAAACCAUCGUAGCUGCGUUUAGCUUCAAGAAGUUCGAGCACCACAAUUUAGAAUACUGGGAUGAGCCCGAUACGAUCUAUGAGUUCGAUGCGUCGACACUGGAGAUUGUCGGAGCUCCCUUCAAAGGGCACACUUGGUAUAUCGCCGGUCUAGCACUUUCAUUUGAUUGUGCUCUCCUCGCUAGCACUGCCCACGACAACACCAUCAAGCUCUGGGCCUUCCAGUCUCGCCAGCUACUCGCCUCAUUUGACGACCAGUGUCUCUGCAAUCUUAUCUUCUCACCCAAUUCACAUCAACUGGCUUACACCAUCUUCGAUGAUACCAAGAUCUACAUAUAUGACAUUCCACUCGACAUCCUUGCUAGAAUCCGGCCCACAGCACAAGAAAAGCCCAGUGUAUGCAUUGCCUCCCAUAUAUCUAUCCGGCUGCGUGCUUAGAACAUUCUCUUGCAGACAAGUGCAUCCAAAAUUCCCGAUCUACUCAAUUCUGACGCAACGCGUCGUGCCGUGCGCCAUAACCCAGCGAUACCGCGUGUCAUAUCUCGUCCUCCCAGACCUCCUCCUACAAGAGAC